AUGGCUUCACCGGCAAGCCCAAGCUAUCGCGCUGACUUUCGGGCAUUGAGGCAGGCUUUGUUGCAGGUCCGCGAGGAGCAAGGGGCGCUGAUGGAGUGCCUCUUUGAGCAACGCCUAUUGCGGCCGGACACGUUCGCAGCUGCGCUGCACAGGCGGCGCUUCCAAACUGCCUUGCUCCGGACACCAUGCAAAUUUGAAGCUACGCUGCGCGAUGUGCUGGAGGAACCAGCUCACCUAGCGCUGCUGACAGCCCGCUUCGCCGGCCACCGAUCGCUGCCCUGCUUGAAGGCAACAUGCCGGUCCCUGCAGCAAAAGCUUGGUUGCAACGCGCCGACGCUGCAGGACGCGCUGACCUGGCUUUUUGUGGUGGGUGGCAGCGAUCACAUGGAGGUGCGCCGAUCUGGGGAACGUCUGGAUCCUUCCACAGGGCUGUGGGAGGCUCUUCCGCCCAUGCACCAGCGGCGCUUUGCUGCUUCCUCGGCAGUACUGAAUGGCUGCCUGUAUGUCUGCGGUGGUUCCGAGCAACAUGGAGCUCUAAGCACCGCAGAGCGGUUUGACCCAUCUUCUGGGGUAUGGGAGCAGCUUCCGCCGAUGACCUGGCCCCGGAUCCACGCGGCGGCUCUGGCAGCGCAGGGGCGGCUCUACCUCUGUGGAGGCCCUAAUCCGGUGGUUUAG